AUGGCGUGUACAUUCAGCAGCCCCGCGGAGGCGGCGCUGGAGCGGGAGGCGGGGGCCGCGGGGCUGCUCACGCCGCUGGCGGACCUGGACCGAGUGUACGAGCUGCAGCGAGUCGUCGCGUUUGUCCGUGACCUGGCAUGUCAGCGGGUGGCCUUGCAGUUCCCUGACCAACUAUUGGGAGAUGCUGGGGUUGUGGCUGCACGACUGGAGGAGUCCACAGGGUCGAAAAUGUUCAUUCUGGGGGACACAGCCUAUGGCAGCUGCUGUGUGGACGUGCUGGGUGCUGAGCAAGCUGGAGCGCAGGCCCUUGUACACUUCGGCCCUGCCUGCUUGAGCCCUCCGGCCCGCCCACUGCCGGUGGCCUUCGUCUUUGGUCAGCGUCCUGUGGCCUUGGAGCUCUGCGCCAAAGCCUUCGAGGCCCAGAAUCCCGACCCCACAGCCCCUGUGGUGCUGCUGAGUGAGCCGGCCUGUGCCCAUGCGCUGGAGGCCCUGGCCACUCUCCUUCGCCCACGGUACGUGGACCUGCUUGUCUCCAGCCCAGCUCUUCCCCUGCCCGUGGGCUCCCUUAGUUCAGAGCCUGAACCCCUGGAGCGUUUCGGACGUCGCUUCCCCCUGGCCCCGGGAAGGUGUCUGGACGAGUACGAUGCUUUCUAUGUGGGAGGCUCUGGGGCCACCUCCGACCCUGACCUCGAUCCUGACCUGGGCCGGCUGCUCUUGGGCUGGGCACCUGAGCGCUCCUUCUCCUCCUGCUGCCCAGACACAGGGGGGACUCGUGAUGAAGGCGCCCGGGCCGGGCGGCUGAGGGCACGGAGGCAAUAUCUGGUAGAGAGGGCCAGAGAUGCCCGCGUGGUGGGGCUGCUAGCGGGCACCUUGGGCGUGGCCCGACACCGGGAGGCGCUGGCACACUUGCGGAGCCUGACGCGGGCCUCCGGCAAGCAUAGCUAUGUGCUAGCUCUGGGGCGGCCCACGCCUCCCAAACUCGCUAACUUCCCUGAGAUAGAUGUCUUUGUGCUGUUGGCCUGUCCUCUUGGUGUCCUAGCUCCCCAGCCUUCUGGUAGCUUCUUCCGGCCUGUAUUGUCACCAUGUGAGCUGGAGGCUGCCUGCAACCCUGCCUGGCCCUCUCCAGGCCUGGCUCCCCACCUCACGCACUACGCCGACUUACUGCCCGGCUCCCCCUUCCACGUGCCCCUCCCACCGCCCGAAUCGGAACUGUGGGACAUCCCAGAUGUGUCACUCAUUACGGGGGAGCUUCGACCCCUGCCUGCCUGGAAGCCAUCCAAUGACCCUGGAUGCUCAGCCCUGACCCCGCGGCCUCAGCUGGAGCUGGUUGAGAGUAGCCCUGCAGCCUCGUUCCUUAGUUCCCGGAGCUGGCAAGGGCUGCAGCCUCACCUGGGUCAGACACCGGUGACAGGAGUCGUGAGCGGGAGACGGGGAAUUGCCAUCGCCUAUGAGGAUGAGGGGAGCAGCUGA